AUGUCUGACUCAACCAUCCCCAUCCCAUCGGCUUUGGAUUUUCUAGCCCAUUUCCGAACUUAUAAGUUUUCUUGGAGCUCCACCCUCAGCAUCCCAGAUCCGACCCGUGACGAACCGACGAUGCGAUCCAGCCUCUCCUGCGAUGCAUGCAGGCGCUCUAAACUCAAGUGCAUACACGAAGGAAGUGCGCCGUGUCAAAGGUGUCGCAAGUUGGGCAACACAGAGUGCGCCUUGACUCGUCCCGUGUCACGAACACCACGUAGCAGCAGGGCAAGACGUAGCGAUGUCAGAGGUUCGGCUAAAAGAAUUGAAACACCACAGCAUCUGGAUGAUAGUAUAACUCAUGCGACUCCUGCGGCUGCAGCUACGGCUGUUCCAACCCGGAGGCAACAUGCGCAGAGCCAAUCUCCUACACGGCAUCGCGUGCCGGCCAAACAGCAGCAACUCCCUCCCUCUGACUAUACGAAACAAUUAGUCGACGCGCACAUUGACAGUCUGUCGAAUAGUGUGAUUCUCAAAGCUGUUCAUGUCUUUAUCAACAACUUUCCGGAGCUUGCCAUCCUGCAUCUCCCCACAUUUAUUGAAGAGUUUCAUGCGCAGCGACACCCAGAGAGUAAGGCUUUGCUGGGUGCGGUUUUGGCAGUAACAAAGGCGCAGUUAUCGGUGCAGAGUACUUCCUGGGCGGAUGAAUUGUUAUCGAGGGAACACUAUGCUCUUUACACAAAGGAUGUGUUGUCCGAGUUUAUUUUGCAGCCGCCGAAAGUGCAGGUCGUCCAGGCUCUCCUCAUCAUUACUCUUCACGAAUGGGGAACGCGAGACUUUCACAAGGCGUGGGUAUAUUGCGGAAUUGCGAUUCGUAUAAUGCAGGCUCUGCAUAGUUUCCGAGUUGCGCCAUACCCGCUUGAUAUAACAUCAGAAAAUCGAAACGACACAGUCUCCCUGGCCGUGGAAACCAGAACAUACUGGGCAUGUUUCAUCAUGGACUGCAUGGUCAAUUCGGGCACAUACAAUCCUCCUAUGCUUCCCAUGUCGGAAAUGAAAAAGAUGAAGAUUGCUCGCCCGCUGAGCGCCGUGGAAUUUGCAUUUGGACCGGAGGCACCGCCCCAGGCAGUUGGAGGUGACCAUUCUCUGGCAGGUCAAUCAACGGGCAUGCUAGACGUAACUCAAAGUUUCGAGAUAUUAGUCGGCGGUUUCGACAUUUGGGCGCAGGUAAUGACUUUCAUCUUCAACGAUGGACGUCGAGCACCUGGCAUGUGUGCACCCCAGAACUGCCCUUGGGUUCCUGGCUCGCCGUGGUCGCUGUCGAGGAGUCAGUUGGAGGCCUGGCGGGCAGGUCAACACCGAAAGCUUCAUUAUCCUAGUAAUUCUGUCGCUGUUCAUAUGACUCUUGGUUUUGGGGAGACUUUUGUCUAUCUCAACCUUCUCUUCUAUGUGAGCACUCUCAUGCUUCAUCGUGAAUAUUUCCCUUUUCUCCCGACCCCAGAAUCGGAACCACGUGGCCCCGUGGAUCAGCCAAUGUUGGAAGCGCCCGCUCCAGAAGGAUGGUGGAAUGAAAGCUCGCGACUUCUGUUUGGUGCCGCAGAGCACAUUGCCACGAUUUUGCACGAAGCGUCCGAGUGUGGGGUGCAUCUCAUGACUCCUUUUGCUGGAUUUUGUGCCUUCUCCGCUGGUUAUCUCAAUCUUUAUGUGUCCAAGUAUCCGCGGAUGAAUCUUAAUCGGAGUCCUCGAGCGGAGGAAUGCCUCGCAAUGUGUCUGGACUACUUGGAAAAGUUUCGGCAUGUGUGGAAGAUAGCCGACGGAUGGAUCAAAACCAUACAGCAUGCAUCGGUGUUGUAUGGGCGGGCUACAGAAGACCAGACGCGAUACCAAGGACGAAGCCGGGCAGACUUUGACACACUUCAUCAAUCAGUUCAUGAGUUUCGUGUCGUGGACAGAUCGGACCAGCAUAGCCGGGAGAUUCGGGGUGCAGAGAGACCACCUGCGCCUGCGACGUCUCCGAGUGCUGUGCAGACCAUUCCAGAGCAUGAACUCGAUACAAACACCUUGUUGAAUCAACUUUUCGCCGAAGUUAGUAAUAAUCUUGAUGAGCAAGGCGCAUGGUCACAGUGGUGGCCUGCAAUUGAACAGGUUGAUCUCCAAUCAGCCGGGCAAUCGAUGCAUAUCGUGCCUUGA